ACUAUCCAUGAGCUAAGCCCCCUUCCCUUCUCUUUAUCCUCCUCAGCAAAGUUUUGGCAUCUUGCUGUGCUCUUUUUUCUUCCUUCCAGAUUUUUUUUUUCUCAAUCAAAGCUCUCUAUCUUUGAGCAGAAGCCAUCAUCAUUUUUCAUUUGUUUUUCCUUAAUCUUGAUCUUGGAUUUCAACCUCUUGAUCCAAAAUCAAAUACCCACUUCUCCAUCUUUUGCAUAAACCUCUUUAUUGAUUUCAGCCUGUUGCUGUUUCCUUAACUUCCAAUCUAAAAAAUUUGCCAACUUUUCUAUGCUGGGUGCUUUUUUUUUUUUGAGACUGUUUUAAGCACUGAUCUGCAGAUUUUGCGUAUCUCUCUUUUGUGUGUUUUAAAGUUUAUCUUGAUGCUAAAUAUUUUGUUCUUGAUGUUUGAGAUUCAUGUCUCCAAUUAUCAGUGAAAUCUUCCUUUCUGGGUUUAUGAUCAAUUCCACUUAUAGGCGCAGGACCCAUCUUGUUCAAUCUUUCUCAGUUGUUUUCCUCUACUGGUUAUACUAUGUUUCAUGAUUUUGCUUCAGAAUCAGAAAUUUAGACUAUAAAUCUAUAUAUUUAUCUAUAUUAUAUUACUGUUUUCUGCAUUUUUCUGCUUUAUUACUGUUCUGGGUCCUGCUAUAACUCUCCCUUGAUUACUCUUAUUCUCUUUAAAAAAGAAAAAAAAAAAAAAGAAGCUUGUCUUGGUAUUCAUGGCUUCCUCCAGUGGAACAUCAUCAGGAUCAACUUCGAUGCACAACUCCGGCUCUGAAGAGAAUUUUCAGGCGUUGAUGGAUCAGAGAAAGAGGAAGAGGAUGAUAUCAAAUCGGGAAUCAGCAAGGAGGUCUCGGAUGAGAAAACAGAAGCAUUUGGAUGAUCUGACGGCGCAGGUGGCUCAGCUGAGCAAGGAGAAUCACCAGCUAAUCACAAGCAUCGAUAUCACCACUCAGCAUUAUCUGAACGUAGAGGCUGAUAACUCUAUACUCAGGGCUCAGGUUCUUGAGCUUAGCCACAGAUUAGAAUCUCUGAAUGAGAUCAUCAACUUCUUGACUGCAAGCAAUGAUGUUUAUGAAGAUUCAAGCACUUUGAAUGAGCCAUCUGAUUGCUUUUUCAACCCAAUGAACUUGUCAUAUCUGAAUCAGUCUGUAAUGGCUUCUGCAGAUAUUUUCCAAUACUAGCUGAAGAAAAAUCUCCAGAUUCUUGGGACUUCAAUGGAGAGAUGAGAGAGAGAGAGACAUAAGAGAUGCCCUUUUGAUUGGGUGUUGUAAAAAUUAAGGAAUAAUAAUAAGUGAUUGGUAGAAGAACCAAGGGAUGUGAUUAUUGGUGAUGCUUCUUAUUGAUAUUAUUAUGGUUCAAGCAAGGGCAGUUGAUGUAGAAUCCUGCUGCUACCAGUGUUUUUUUUUUUUUUACCGAAUUGCUGUUAUCAGUUAAUGUAAUGCUAUUUUUGGCUUUUGCUUUUUAACUGUUCCAACUAGUGUGAAUGCCAUUAUUUUAUUUUCUCAA